ACACUGCUUUAAGGCAAGCUGUGAAUUUUGUCAUGCCAGAAGAAGAUAUUUAGGAUAAAGUACUUUCUUACUGCAUGUGUCUUGGAGCCUAGGCACCUGUGAGAGUGGGAGAAGCUUUCCAGUCUUUGUUUCUUAGAAUUUACUCUGCAGCUGUCCUCAUGUGCCCACACAAAUCAAUCCAGUUUAUGGGAUGAGCUAUGCACAGUAAACUACUUUGAUUUCAGCACAGAUUCCUGCUAAAUUUUAUUGCAGGCAUAUGUCCUGGAAGGACUGGUUAGCCUCAAAAUGGAAAUUCUGUGGGCUUAUGAGUCCCUUCUCAUAUUCUGCAGAGGAGCCAGUGGGCUGCAAGAAGGUGAAUAAUAUGCAUAAAGAAAACAGAGGAAUUUUGGCUUCUUGAAGAAACAGUAGAAAAUGCAAAACGAAAUAAUAAAGCCUGCUAAAUACUUCUCAGAAGUGGAGAAGAGUGUGCUGCUUGCAUUAGUCGAAAAAUACAAAUACGUGCUUGAAUGUAAAAAAAGUGAUGCAAGAACUAUUGCUCUGAAACAACGCACCUGGCAAGCACUAGCUCAUGAAUAUAACUCACAGCCCAGUGUAUCACUGCGAGACUUCAAACAGUUAAAGAAAUGCUGGGAAAAUAUCAAGGCACGGACAAAAAAGAUAAUGGCACAUGAAAGGCGGGAGAAGGUAAAAAGAAGUAUUAGUCCACUUAUAAAUACUCACAUCGUAGGGAAAGAGAAGAUGGGAAGCAUAAUGCCUGAGCAAAUGUACUUUUUGCAGAGCCCACCAGAAGAAGACUCUGAAUAUCAGCCUGAUGCUUCUAGUCAAGAGUCAUUUGUUGUGUCAAACAGAGAACUUUGUGAUGAAGACAAAGAGCUGGUACAUUUUCCAGUAUGUGAAGGCACCUCCCAGCCUGAGCCUUCGUGUUCUGAUGUCAGAAUAGCAGCAGAUAAGAACUACAGAAGUAAAGCAACUCAGGAAAGUGCUCUGAAAAAGAUGCACGAGGAGGAGCAUCAUCAGCAAAUGUCGAUUUUGCAGCUCCAGUUAAUCCAAAUGAAUGAAGUUCAUGUGGCAAAGAUACAGCAAAUAGAAAGAGAGUGUGAGAUGGCUGAAGAAGAACACAGGAUAAAAAUGGAAGUGCUAAAUAAAAAGAAAAUGUAUUGGGAGAGAAAACUGCAGACCAUUACAAAAGAAUGGCCUGUAUCAUCCUAUAACAGACCCUUUCCUAAUUCACCUUAGAACAUAGAAGGGCAGAGAGUCAGUCUGAUUUAGGACGUUUCUGAGUAACACACACUGGAAAGAGGGUUUUCUACUGUGAAUGUACAGUGACAGGAUAGGUGCCUGGCUGAUAGUGAACACACUAUGACUCUUAAUGCUUAGGGAAGCAGUAUAGUUCACCAAGAGGAAAACUAUUGUUUAUUUGUAGGUAGUUCUGAUUUGUUUAACUCACAGACAUGCACAGUGUUCUAAAAUCUCAAUGUAUUUUCUCCUCUCAGAACACCCUUGAUCCUUGUGAAGUUUAAGGUACUCUGGGUAUUCUUACAUUGGGAGUUCUUAAGAAAACUUAACAGCUUUGAACACUGGGCUGUAGUGUUCAUUUUGAUUUCUAUCUCUUCCUAUCUGCCAUUUCCCAAAUGAAGGCAAGGGUUGGAGUUGCUCUCUGCUAUUGAGACAAAAGGUGAUGGACAGCUGUUAGUUGGAUCAUUAUGCUGAAGCUUAGGGAAAAUAAACUAGUUAAUACAGUCCAUAACUUAUUUUUCAUAGAAGAUGUGAAGAUGAAGGAUGUAGCAAGAGGGCCACUGCAGUAACAGCCCUCUCCUUCUGAGGAACAGUAAUAUUUCCCAGCUGUCUGGCUGACUGAGAGGAUGGUUGUGGAAUAGCCCUCCAGUUGUUUGAGCCUUGACACUUGAGAAGUUAAAAAGAAGGUGACUUCUUCCUCAAAAGCCACUGUGGUUGUUCUUUCAUUUCCAUGCCCAUCUUGUAUUGAAGUAGAAUACCCAAACAGGAGGGUCGAAUGCUACUGCCAGCACUGUGUGCUGUUCACCUGAAGUCAUUCUGAGGGGAAGAGCUUUUUAAGAAUUCAUAAAGCUCUCAAAAUGCAGUGAGCCAGCCAGUCCAUUGGCAAAGUCUCCCUCUAUUUUCCUAUGCAAUACUCGAUGGUGUAGCAGCUAGCUUGAUUAUUUCUCCUUAGCUAGAAGAAAAGACUAAAACUCACCCUCUUUUCCUUCUCACAGGGUGGGAAGCAGUUCAAGGGAAUCAUUCCUGUCCUGAAGCACUGUUCUGUUUUGUUUUGUUCUGUCCUGUGCGUUAUGGUGGUGUGUUUCUUGCCUUUGCUGUCAGUGGGGGGUGAUGGACGUGGUUUGUAUGAAGGCAUUCACAUGAAAGUCCCCGCAGAUUUUGGAUGUCCAGAAUGGUAGAUAGUUGGAAAGCACAAAUAAAAAUAAUCAUUACCCUGGCAAUCAUUUCUUCUAGUGGGACAAGAGUUAAGAAAAUGUGAAAUGCAGAACCCCACAAGGAUUCAUAAGAACUUCUGGUGUUUGAAAACCUGUUUUACAGGAAGGUGUACAACCAUCAUUUGAAGCAGUGAGAAAAAUAAACAAAACCAUAAAUUUUCAUUGAAAAAUCUGAGUAUCACAUUAUUCAAUAAAAUAUUUUCAGAUCAUGAGGGCGAGUCCAUACUGUGAGCAAUGUGUUCAAAGCAGAGUAUGUUACAAGGCAUACAUUCCCAGUUACACUCAUAUCUCUUUCCCUGGAUGUUCUUUCUGAUGGAGUGAGUUCCUUUUGGUUUUGUUUCAGAUUGUGUAGGGUUGUGUGUGUGUGUGUGUGUGUGUGUGUGUGUGUGGUUUUUUUGACCUGCUUUCACUGCUGAUGAUUCAUCUUUGUUAGCACUGCCAUUAUCAACCACAGUACUCACUGUGGUUACCAGUGUGGUACCUGUGCUGCUUCCUUAAAUGUGCUAAAACCAGCAAUCACAAUGGGAGCUAUUUGUUACAACUCCUUUUAUAUGACAGAGAAAAAAACUAUGCUGGGCUGCUGCAAGAUAGAAAAAUAGGGCCUGGGUGAAAUCUGAAGACAGAUCUUAUUGACCAUAAACUAUUCUAUAAUUCGGCUGUGUGAAGAAAGUGCAGGAAUUCCAAAGAAGGAUGUUGUUAUGGGCACUUCUGUUUUUCUGCUGGAUGAAAACACUUUUGGAAAGUAUAAUAACAGUAGAGGCAAAAGAAAAGUAAACAGAAGUGAAGACCUUGUUCUGAGAUUGCAUUCGGUGGUUGGAAGAUGAGUCAGUUAUUUGACUGGUUGUGACAAUUGUUCAGGUACCAUCCAGAAAAAAAAAAAGGAUAGGGAAGACAUUUGUCUUAACCGGUUAAGACAUUUGUCUUAACCUUCUGCACUUGUUCUAAAUGAAAGUAAAUGAAAUCCAGGUGUUAGAAGGUAAUGAAUGGAGACAAUUUCAGCACUGUGAAGAGGGCAAGAAUAGAGAGACAGUCCAGGUCUAGCUAGCCCUGUGAAAAUUGUGAAAUAGUCAGAGAGGAUCUCACAAAAUGUGAGCUAAGGGUAGCUUGAACUCCUGGAAGCUAUAUGAUUGCUCAUGAAAGAUUCUUUUAUUUUUAUAUUUAAAAAUCCUUUAAAAUAAGCAUGUUUUCAAAUUGUGCUAAGUGGACAAUGCCUUGCUUCUUGGUAUAUUUUCUUAUUCUGAGACCAAAAGUUACAGUUCUUAGGCUGAGCAAUAGACCCUUUUAAUUCAGGUUCUAUUUAAAAGAAAGAAGAUCAUAAGAGAAAUAUUAGAAAGAGCCAAGAUGAAGGUAUGAAAGAAAGAAUGAUCAUUACGUGCAUAGGGGAAGAAUGGGAAUGUUACACCUAACAUAAAUUAUGCAAGUAGGUUUUGUGACAAGGACAAUAGAUCGUUCACAGGUGACACAGACUCUUGCUUUCCCAUUUGCAGUUGACUGUUGAUGUAAAAUUAGGUGAUAAGCACAGAAAAAUGUAAAAGAUCAACAAGAGAAAGUAAUGUAUCUGCUUGCCAUGCUUUGGCUUUUUAAAGUGAUCAAUGUGAUGGAAUUGAAAUUACUUGAGAAAUUACUUUUGCCUUUGUUGUUGUUGCAAUUACUCCCUCUGGUAGUAGAGUUUAUCUUUUCUUGUGUUUGACUUUUCUUAUAUGUAAUAUAGCCAUCUCAGACAAUA